AUUACAAGAUCAGCAAAUAGCCUUAAAUUGCUCUAUCAUUUCCACAUUUCAAGCCACAAAUUUCUCACAACUCUCUCUCUCUCUUUUUCUCACACACAUACCAAGCUAGAAAGAGAAGAUAAUUCUAAACCGACAUGGUACAAUCAAAGAAGUUCAGAGGUGUUAGGCAACGCCAUUGGGGCUCUUGGGUGUCUGAGAUUCGUCAUCCAUUGAAAAGGAGGGUGUGGCUAGGAACAUUUGAAACAGCUGAAGAAGCAGCUAAAGCAUAUGAUGAAGCAGCCAUUUUGAUGAGUGGAAGAAACGCCAAAACCAACUUUCCAAUUUUGGACAGUAAAAUAAAUUCUAUUUCAUCUUCAACUUCUUCUUCAACAUCAUUUUCUGCAGUUCUAAGUGCAAAGUUAAGGAAGUGUUGCAAGUUUCCUUCACCUUCCCUCACAUGUCUGAGGCUGGAUGCAGAGAAUUCAAACUUUGGAGUGUGGCAGAAAGGUGCUGGUCCUCGUUCUGAAUCAAAUUGGAUUAUGAUGGUUGAGUUGGAAAGGAAAAAAAGUGAUUCUGAUGAUUCAGUGGCAGAGAAGAUUAAGCCAGAGGAAAGUAAAAAUGUGUUGGAUGAAGAGCAGAAAAUUGCUUUGCAGAUGAUAGAAGAACUUCUCAAUAGGAACUAAACUAAACUAAACUAAACUCUAUGCUUUCACUUUCACGUGUGGGGUUCAUUUAAGGAGUUUAGUAUCAAGUCCCAUGUUGUCCUUUUCUUUGUUUGUUUGUCCUAAAUAGUUAUUUAGUGUUUUAUACGUAGUUUUAAAUUAUAGUUGCAGUUCUAGUUACGCUGGGAAUCUUUAUAUUGCAGUAACUGCAAUUUAAGUACUAUUUUUUUUUUUUAAGAUGAGGAGUGUCUAUGAUGCAUGAUUGUAUUUACCAUAUGUGUAACUGCUUAUACCCUAUAGUUAAAAUUUUAUGUCCUCUAUGAAAAUUAUCCAGUUAACCAAUUUGGAACUA